AUGGAUUUCCCCUGGUGGGUGGGUGGUAGCCCUGUAAUAGUAAGUGUGGUCAGUCGGGGACGUUCACAAGAACAGCAAGCUGGGUUCGUUUUAUCUCCUAAGGCACAAGGACAACGGACACUUAAGCAAGCUUGCAUUUGUGGUGCGUGGGUUGCAGCAACAAUGCAACCAACCCCCUUAACUGUUAUUUCCCUUCCCGUUUCUGAGAAGGGAAAAGAGAGAUCUGUAAUGGUUGAGGACGGGGUGAUGUGUGGAUGGAAAUGCAUCUUCGCAAAACCUUCACAAUAUGGCUUCAGAAUGGUGGCCACAAUUGCGGGGUUGAGCUUAGAAGUUAAAGUUAGUUAUAAGUUACCCAGGGGAUCCAUGGAUGUGGUUAGCUAA